UAGGACCUGCAAAGGCCUGACCUGUCGGGCAAGCGUGCCCACUGGCUGACCACCCUCACCAAACUUCUGAUGUCAAACCUGUUUCUUUCAAUGGUAUGUUUCUGCCAAUCUGCUGAAGAAUGAUGGGAAGCUUACCCAGCAGAAGGAAAAGCCUGUGCAGCCCAAGCUCCAGCUCCAUUUCCUCUGGUCCAGGCCAGGGACCUGUAUCUACACAAGCAGAGAGAAACAAGGUCACAGCUGUGGCCCUGGGCAGCUUCCCGGCGGGUGAGCAGGCUGGGCUAUCUCUGAGACUCGGGGAGCCACUGACCAUCAUCUCUGAGGAUGGAGACUGGUGGACAGUGCUGUCGGAAGUCUCUGGCAGAGAGUAUCACAUCCCCAGUGUGCAUGUGGCUAAAGUCUCCCACAGGUGGCUGUUUGAGGGCCUGAGCCGGGAGAAAGCUGAGGAGCUACUCCUGUUGCCUGGGAAUCCCGGAGGGGCCUUCCUCAUCAGAGACAGCCAGACCAGGAGAGGCUGCUAUACCCUGUCCAUCCGACUCAGCCGCCCUGCAUCUUGGGACCGGAUCAGACACUACAGGAUACAGCGUCUUGACAAUGGCUGGCUGUACAUCUCACCCCGCCUUACCUUCCCCUCACUGCAGGCCCUGGUGGAACAUUACUCUGAGCUGGCAGAUGACAUCUGCUGUGUCCUCAGGGAGCCCUGUGUCCUGCAGAAGCUUGGCCCACUACCUGGCAAAGAUACACCUCUACCCAUGACCGUGCCAAUGUCAUCACUCAAUUGGAAAGAGCUGGACAGCAGCCUCCUGUUUUUGGAAGCACCUCCCCCUGGGGAGGCAUCUCUUCUCAGCGAGGGGCUCCGAGAAUCCCUCAGUUCCUAUAUCAGCCUGACUGAAGAGAACUCCUUGGAUGAUGCCUAUUCUGAAAGCAGAAAGCCAAAGGGGAAACAAGGCUGUGGCACCUAGAACUCCUACCUUGGCCCCACAGCUCCUAGAGGCUAUGAAAGCAGAGGGCUUAGGUGUGGGGCCCAAGCACACUCAGGGCCACACCUGGACCAUCUGCUUCUUUCUCUCUGGAUUCUAGGAAGUCAUUUAUCUUCUCCGACCCCCAACUACAACUUCUAGUCCAUGUGGAGCACAGUUCAAAGCAGGGCCAGGCCUCUACAGACAGAUUACUUAUAAGGUCUAAUAAGUCAGUUCCU